UGGGAGGUAUAGGCUAGUGCUAGUCGUGAUAUUUUAAUGAAUAAAACUUCCGACGACAUAUUUUGACAUUUUCAACCCACCAGCCUUGCCUUUCAUGAUUUUUUCAAGAUAACAGCGGCCCAAGAAGUCAAAUAUGUCGCUGCUUACCGCCGUCGAGACAGCCAUUAAGUCGUGCAAAGAAGAACAGGCGAAGGUGAAUGGCCGAAUUCACUACUACAGAGAACUACUACAAAGUCUGGCAGCUCAUGAUGAACCAGAAACAACUAACGAUGCUCCGACCGACACAGCAACAUCAAACCCAGCGGAAGAGCAAGAAAUGAAACUGCUCGAACAAGCGUUACAAAAAGCCCUUUAUGUGCGCACCGGCGCAAGGCUUUCUUCUAGUCAAGUCCCCGAGGGAAACAAACCCAGUCAGCUUCGAAAGGACCUCGCAGCCGUACCCAAACGGGCUUCUUCAAAAGCCUCGUCUGCUUUCAGAGGAAAUCAGACGGCCGGCAGAUCGACACUCGAGUCUGCCGGUAGUGACAAAAGAGUGCCCAGAAGGCCCGAAGAAUCAUUGAAAUCCUCCGCCAGCUGCGCUCCAGGAAAGCGUAAAACCACGACCGAUCUGAGGAGCGCGCAUCAUCGGGCUGCGAAAAGUGUCCAGCCCAAAGUCCAAAAAAACACAGUGAGCACAAGCGCUACAAGCAGCGCGCCGAGUGGCGAGGACCUGACCGGAGUUUCAGACACGGCAGAUGACGGCCUGCCUCAACCAAGGAGGCAGCAGAGUGAGCAGACGGCAGAGUGGCUCUCUCUCAAGCUCAAGCAAAACAGAAUGUGGGACAAAGCGAUGGCCGCUCAAAGGAAACCUGCACCUGGGAGGAGUCGCUUCAUGGAGAGAAUGAGAGCGACGUUUCCUACGGACUGGCCACGCGGAAGCCCGGAGCAGAUCGGAAGUCUGGUUGGCAGACUAACCCACCGGGCCGAUGAACUAGUCCGCCAGCGCCAGACGAUGGACCUUCUGGACCAGCACGCCCCAGAACUGGCCGCGGAACCGGGGAUGAAAGAAGACAGGUGUUCCUGUUCAACGCCGGAAACGUUGCAAAUGAGAGCAGCGGCGCUCCAGAGAAUUGCAGAACGAACAAAACAAGAUUGGGAAGCAUGGGAUCGAUGGAGGCCAGAGGGAGGUUGCCUUCACGCCGCCGGGCCAGCGGAAGAUGAGGCCAUCACGCGUCGUUUGCCCGUGACGAUCACUUACACCUCGGAGGCCGAGCUGCGACAGCUGGAGACGACCAGGAUGAGAAUUGCUCUGCUCCGGCAGGAGAUUGAGCUCCAGCAGGCUCUGCAGGACGCGCUGUCCCCUCAGCUGGCCUCCAUCGUCUCCUCGUGUCCCGACCGGAGUGUUUUGAGGGACGUGUACUCCCUUUUGGCUGAAGGAGGUCAACGUUUCCCUGCCAUCAUCCUGGAUUCUGAGCCGGAGUAA